GUUGACUCGUUACAAUGUUGCUUUUCUCCUCCCACUAUGAUCCAAUCCAUCCCCCUCCUAUAUAAAUUUCAGCACUUUAGCGGGCAUCUGUUUGAUUACAUUCUUCAUUCUUCAUUCUUCAUUCUUCAUUCUUCAUUCUUCUUCCCCUUCAUCGAUCGUCUUUAAUCAUAAACAAUCAAGAAUUCUGCUUUCGGCCUUGUUUUACACUUUUACCCAUAACCCAUUUUCCAGAAAAAAUAAGUCAUUUCCUUUUUGAAUUUUCCGUAGUUCAUAUAGCGUGUAAAAAAGGAAGAGUUUUAUUUGCAGCCGAUUUGAUUUUUCAAGAAUCUUGUAGAAGUCUUCUUUUAUCAGUUUUUGGAAUAUUCUUACUUUUCUUUUCUUGUAUUUAUGGCCUCUGCCUUUUCUUUCCGUCCUAUAUCGCGUUUCGGUUUCUCCAUCGUUCCUUUUUGUCCUUGUUUCGCACGCACUUGUUGAUCUGAUUUGUUUUUUCCACCUUUUUUUUUUUGGGUUAUUUUAUUAUUUGUUUUCGUUUGGUUUAAUAAGAAUAUUCUGUGAAGAUGAAUGUUGCAAAGUCACAAGUAUGGCAACCCUGUAAGAAGAAGAGGUUUUAGUUUAGAAUUAUUGAAGAUUGCAUUUUUUUUUUUUUUUUUUUUGAAAAAAGAGGUCAAGAUGGAUGGGAUUUGUAUUGAGUUGAUCAGAGCAUAAAGCCUCAAACAAAUACUAUAUUUCUGUGCCCAUAAAUAUAAAUAUUUAGAGAGAAGAGGUAUAGGCCCGUGUUGAGAAUUGAGAUGGCUACCACAUCAAGUGGUGGGGGUGGGAAAACAAGAGUGGGAAGGUAUGAAUUGGGAAGGACUUUGGGAGAGGGGUCUUUUGCAAAAGUGAAGUUUGCCAGGAAUGUGGUAACUGGGGAGAAUGUGGCAAUCAAGAUUCUUGAUAAGGAGAAGGUUCUCAAACACAAGAUGAUUGGUCAGAUUAAACGUGAAAUCGCCACCAUGAAAUUGAUAAGGCAUCCUAAUGUCAUCCGCCUGUAUGAGGUUAGAACUCCAAGUUUGGGAUGGCUUUUUAGUUCAUUCCUUGAAACCAAAUUAAUAUUAUAAUCUAAGAUUAGGUUA